UCUUAGCGAGCCGUCAGCCAGCCAGCGCCCAGGCUCGGCCGACCCUGGGCACCGCGCUCCGCGCCGCGCGCAGCCCCUCUGGAAGGGAGAGAAGCGAGCAGCCCGGGACCCUCCCCUCUUCCAGGCGCACCGCGGGCGGUGGCAAUUAUUGGUGGCGGUUGUUGACACCGGAAGGACUCCCGCCUCACCUCACCCACAGCCCCCCACCCCCACCCAGGGAAAGGCGAGACUCGGGAGACGGAACAAAGGCGAAGCCCGGCCGAGGAGGCGGACCGAGAAAACCUGCUCCGCUACGGAUUUUGCCCGGCUUCACUGCCAGCGCCUCCGUAUCGCCUAGGAAAGAAAAGGCGACCAUGAAUCACAAGUCGGAGCACUCAGCACUUUCUGGCACUGAACCUGGGGAGGUGCCUGGCGCCGGGGGAGGGCGCCCUAACCAGGAAGCUCCUUAGUACUGCACAAAGAUCUUCGGUCAUGCUGCUGGCUUUUUCACCAGUAGCCUCGUUUGAUUGUCAAUCACAAAGUGAGAAAAAAACAAAAACCUGAUUGCUUUGUCCUGGGAAAUAGUAACCCUGACGAAUACACCUGCUCGCAGGGGACAGAGGAUGUGAUGGAGCUGCUUGAAGAAGAUCUCACGUGCCCAAUUUGUUGCAGUCUGUUCGAUGAUCCGCGAGUUUUGCCUUGCUCACACAACUUUUGCAAAAAAUGCUUAGAAGGGAUCUUAGAGGGGACUGUGCGGAAUUCCUUGUGGAGAUCCUCUCCAUUCAAGUGCCCUACAUGCCGUAAGGAAACUUCAGCUACUGGAGUCAAUAGCCUGCAGGUUAAUUACUCCCUGAAGGGUAUUGUAGAAAAGUAUAACAAGAUCAAAAUCUCUCCCAAAAUGCCGGUGUGCAAAGGACACUUGGGGCAGCCUCUCAACAUUUUCUGCCUGACUGAUAUGCAACUGAUUUGUGGGAUCUGUGCUACUCGUGGUGACCACACCAAGCAUGUCUUCUGUUCUAUUGAAGAUGCCUAUGCUCAGGAAAGAGAUGCCUUUGAGUCCCUCUUCCAGAGCUUUGAGACCUGGCGUCGGGGAGAUGCUCUUUCUCGCUUGGAUACCUUGGAAACUAGCAAAAGGAAAUCUCUACAGUUACUGACUAAAGAUUCAGAUAAAGUAAAGGAGUUUUUUGAGAAGUUACAACAUACAUUAGAUCAAAAAAAGAAUGAAAUCCUGUCUGACUUUGAGACCAUGAAACUUGCAGUUAUGCAAGCCUAUGACCCAGAGAUCAACAAACUCAACACCAUCUUGCAGGAACAACGAAUGGCCUUUAACAUUGCUGAGGCUUUCAAAGACGUGUCAGAACCCAUCAUAUUUCUGCAACAGAUGCAGGAGUUCAGGGAGAAAAUAAAAGUAAUCAAGGAAACUCCUUUACCUCCCUCUAAUUUGCCCACAAGCCCUUUAAUGAAGAACUUUGAUACCAGCCAGUGGGAAGACAUAAAACUAGUAGAUGUGGAUAAACUUUCUUUGCCUCAAGACACUGGCAUAUUCAUUAGCAAGAUUCCCUGGAGCUUUUAUCAGUUAUUUGUGGUAGUCAUUCUGCUUAGCUUUCUUAUUUUCUUUGGUCCCACUAUAUUCCUAGAAGGGUCUUUAUUUGAUGAAUUCACAAGUUGGAAAGACCAUCUCUCAAACUUCAGUUCCUAUCUGACUAAAUCAGCUGAUUUUGUAGAACAAUCAGUGUUUUACUGGGAACAGGUGAUGGAUGGGUUUUUCAUUUUCAGUGAAAGAUUUAAGAAUUUUACUUUGGUGGUGCUGAACAAUGUGGCAGAAUUUGUGUGCAAAUAUAAACUAUUAUAAAAUCUGUUGCAAGUGUAUAGUUCUCUGUCUUUUGUUAGAAAUUUGUUAAAGAGCUGAGUGGUAGUUCAGAUUUGGUCAAGAUUUCAGUCAGAUAUCUUCCUACAAAAGUAUUCCUUUCAAAAAUAAUGUCCUAUACAUGUUGUUCAAAUUAGGUAGCAUAAAGAUAAAUGUGAGAUUUAAUACUAAGUCCUGAACCCUCCUUCCUUUUUAAAUAGUGCUUUUGUAAAACGCCUCCUACCCCCAAUAUUGGUUGUGUUCAUGCUGUGGAAAAGAGGUGAAAGAAGAGCACAUGAUCUAAUAUUAUGUAAAUGAGGUAGUGUAACAGUGAUUGUUCAUUUAAGCAUGUAAUAAAGCCUACUCUUGUAAAGCAA